ACCAGCUCUACUACUUAUCCGUGUAUUUUACAUUGGGAAUUGCAGCUCUGGCCAGCUGAUUCCAUCAUAUCUACUGGUUGCCGAGGCGGCUUCAACCGGGUUACAGACUUAUCCAGAAUUAGCAGAGUUUGUGCAAUUAGCAACUGAAAAAGAGAGCCAUCUCCUAUAUUCCAAAAUGACUUUGUGCGAUCUCACCAUGGAGAUUGAUGUACUCCAAGGGUUGCUUGCUGAAAUGCUCCAAUGCCCUGACCUUGAAGUUGAGACUGUUGAUGCUAGAGACUUCAUGAUGUGCCGGCUUAAAUCUCUCAGCCAAGAUUUGAGCAAGGAUGUUAGAAUGUGCCUAAUUGGUGUACCUGAGGGGAGCACAUCUAAGCCGCUUCACAUUCUCGGCCCGAUGAUGAGGAAGCGUGCGAAGCAUGUGAAGCAAAGAAAAUUGUUCCAAGCGGGGUGCACAAAACCAGUAUUGGUGGCUGGCUUGCCUGUGUCUCUCAGUCCUUUCAAGCAACGGAAGUCACCACUCAAGCUGCUACCUAUGGGUCCAAAGAAAAGCCUCCAUUAUUGCCUCUACUGCCCUAAAUGGUCCCAUGGAAACAUGCAGAGGCACAUCAGACUUGUACACAGUGGUGAACAGCUUGUAAUGGAAGCGCUGGCCCUUCAAGACAAGGGAGCCCAAAACAAAGCCAUCUACAAGAUUGUUAAAGCUGGUGAUAAGAAACACAAUGAGCAAGCUGAGAAGGAAAAGAAAGGCUUCAUCAUCCCUUUCAGGAGAGGAACAGACAGCUCCGGUGGGAUCCGAUAUGAGUGCAUGUUGUGCCACUCAAUUCUUACAAAGAAGGGCUUCAAAUACAGCCAUGCAAAGCACUGCAAGCCCAACACAGAACAGGUUGCCACUGAAGAAGUGCUUGAGUCUGCAGAGAAUUUUGCGGUGGUCAAUCUCACAGCAAUGAACCACAUGGCCAUGUCCAAAUCUGGUCAAAUGGAUUCCUACUAUGCUGACUAUGUCGGUAAGCUCUUGCACGGGAUGCACGCCAAGAAUAGAGAGAGCCUUGCAGAAUUUCUGUGCUCUGGGGACCCGCUGGUUGAGGCCGUCAUCAGGACCAUUGCAGUCAAGCGUGAGCAAGGCAAUAAUGCCAUCUUGCUGGGCCGACGCCUAGCAAAACUUCUGCAGCAGCUAUAUCACGGUUUCAGAGAUCACCCCGACAUCAAGGACUUGGGACUAGUGAAAGAGCUGCGUGACCUUACCAGACGGUCAGUGUGGAAGGGCACCACUGUAAAUGCGAGCAUCCAUGCAGAGGAUCGCCUAAUUUCUGUGGUACACAAGAUUGCCGGGGGCGGUGUUGCGUCCACCAUGUUCAAGCGGCCGAAUGAUGUCAUGGCCCUUACAUCACUUUUCAGGCAGAUCGCGCUUGCACGUACCACACAGCGUGUAGGCGAAACCCCAGAAGAGCAGGCCAAGAUUAAAGAAGCAAUCGAGGAGUUUACAGAAAUCCAUGCUUACUUGGAAUCAGCUCACUACACAUCCUACACAACUACUCGGGCUGCCAUUCAGAAGAAGAAAAAUGAGAAGUUGCACAAGCCACGAGUGAAUCCUGAUGACCUCAAGUUGUACAAAGACUACUUGAGCAAUGGUUGCCAGAUACAUGCAGCACUACUGCGCACUGCUGUAGAAGAAAAGGAUAGAAAUAAGGCAGCCAAGCAAUACCGGCUGCUAGCAGAAAACCUAAACUUGCUCUUUACCACCUUCAAUGGCCGGAGGACAAACGAGGCUGCUGCCAUCACGGUUGAUGAGUACAAUGGGAGGAACAAUUUUGCCAACACCCACAAUGAAAUUCUCUCCGAGGUGCAGCAGGGAAUGGCCAAGAAUUAUGACAUUAUUGGCUCUGUUGGCAAGGGGGGAAAAAAGGUACUGUCGCUGAUUAAGUCUGAGUGGCGCGAGUAUUUCCAACUCUGCGCGGACAGUGAUGUUCGGAGACUGGCUGGAGUGCAUCAAUGCAACUUCCUCUUUGGUACACAGCAUGGCAAUCGCAUGAACACUUCAAACAGGCAUAAUGGGGUUCUGAAGGAUCUCCAUGGUGCCCUUCAUGAUGCUUCCACGCUGAGACCCCGAUAUUUGAGAACAACCCUGGCAACCAAUUUGGGGACAUUAAAUCUCUCGCAUGCAGCAAAGAAAAUGCUCUGUCUCUUGAUGGGCCACGAAAUGAGCGUGCAUGAUAGAUACUACGAGCUUCCCACAGGUCUAGGAUUCGGGCUGAUGAUGGGGCGCGCCCUAGAACUCUUUGAGGGUGGCGUUGAAAACCUCAGGAAGCACAAAGGGAAGACACUGGAAGAGGCUGUUGAAAUGGAAGCGCCUCUCUUUGAGAAGGAGCCAGAGGAGCCUGAGUGA